UUGUUAAGUAACUUCCACAAGUGUCAAGUGUGUAUAAUAAACUUCAAACUGUUGUUGCUUUUCUAAAAGAAAAAUCUUAAAGAGAGUAAUGAAAAUUGGUCGUUGGGUUUAUGAUAAUUAAAAAAGGUUGAAAGAGUAUUAGCAACCGUUGAUUAGUCUUCUUGAUCCUCAACGACGACUUCAACUGCUCCUCCAACAUUCUCUUCCUUCCUCCUUCUUUCGGUAACAAACCACAGAAGCAAACAAAUCAAUCUCCUAUGAGUUCCAAUAGACGGCGGAGAUUCAUUCUCCGAACAGUAUUCUCCAUCAUCUUCCUCACCUUUCUUCCUCUGACUCUUAACUCUCAAGAGAUUGUAGAAGUCUUUGGUUCUUCUCAAGAUCACUUAUCGAUCCAGCCCAGAGUUUAUGGGAACCGUCGCAGCUUGAUUGAUACACCUCUUCCUGGCAAAUCCCCUGCCCUGGAUGCCUCCCCGCCAUCUCCGGAAUCUGCAAUCUUCAGAGAUCCCCUGCCGCCUCAGCCACCACUAGAAGGCGACAAAACCCCGAGCCCUCCUCAAAGUGGUGUGAGAUCACAAACACCAGAGAACCCUCCUGCUAUUACUCCUUUGCCUGUACCUCUGGCUCCACCUCCAUCUCCUCCUCCGUCUCCAGAAACUACAAAGAAGUCUUCCAAAGUUUAUAUGAUCGUCGGCAUAGUCGUUGGCGUAUUCACAGUCUCGGUAGCAUUAAUCAUCAUCUUUCUUAUCCUCAGUCGAAAGAUUCCAAUCAAGCCUUGGACCAACAGUGGCCAGCUUCGAGAUGCUCUUAUCGCAGCUGAUGUUCCGAGGCUGCAGCUAUCUGAGCUGCAAGCAGCCUGCGAAGAUUUCAGUAACGUCAUCGGAUCUUUCUCAGACGGCACCAUUUAUAAAGGAACUUUGUCCACUGGUGCUGAAAUCGCCGUUGUGUCUAUUGCAACUGGUUCUCGUGCAGCCUGGUCCACCGCCAUGGAAACACAGUUGCUACAGAAGAUGCAUAACUUAUCCAAAGUGGAUCACAAGAACUUUCUGAAUGUGAUUGGUUAUUGCCAUAAUGAAGAGCCCUUUAACCGAAUGCUGGUUUUUGAAUACGCUCCCAAUGGAUCCCUGUCCGAGCAUCUGCACUCUCAACACGUGGAGCACUUGGACUGGCCUACCAGACUCAGAAUCUUCAUGGGAAUAGCUUACUGUCUAGAGCACAUGCUCAAUCUCAACCCACCCAUCUUGCACUCCAAUUUGGACUCCUCUUCUGUCUACUUGACUGAAGACAACGCCGCCAAAGUCUCCGACUUUUCUGUCAUCAACUCCAUCUUUCCCGCUAAGGAGGCUUCCUCGAGCAAGAACCUUCUAGAACCCUCAUUACUUGAUACCCAGACCAACGUCUUUAACUUUGGUGCCGUUGUGUUCGAAAUCAUCAGUGGGAAGUUACCAGACCCGGAUUCUUUGUUUCUUGAACCCAAGCCCGCAAGAGAUAUUGUGGACCCGAAACUGAAAACGUUUCAGGAGGAUGUUGUUGAGAGACUCUUGGAGGUGGUUAGGCAGUGUAUGAAUCCAUACUCAGCUCAGCGGCCAACAAUGAGAGAGGUUGUGGUGAAAUUGAGAGAGAUAACUGGAAUAGAAGCUGACGCAGCAAUGCCGAGACUGUCUCCACGGUGGUGGACAGAGCUGGAGAUCAUAUCCACAGAAGGAAACUAAAGAGAAAGAAGCCGUCCUUUUAGGUGUCCCCUGUAUAUAUAUACACAAAUGACACUGAAGUGAUGAUCAUCUUUUUUUUUUGUUCCUCUGCAUUAAAAGACUCUUCACUGAUACUAAAAAAAGUUGGUUUUGCAUAGAAACCAUUGGUAAGAUUAAUAAAUGGCAGUUUAUUUA